ACCAUGCUUUACAUUUUAACCAGCAACUAGUGACUGAUGAGGUUGAAAAUCGUUGUAAUAUUAUCUUAAUGAUUGUUUGUCAUAAGUGCACACGCACAUCGGGAUAUCAGCUGCCGAACAUCCCCUGUCUUAAAUCAUCAAUGUCGAUACACGUGCAUUCAUGAAAUUUUUGAGAAUUUACCAUGGAUACGAACGAUUCAGACGAGAAAGUUAGAAUGACCGGAGGUUCUUUUGCAAAUGAAGACACAUCUCUAGUCGUGUCAACACAACCAAAAACCAUCUCCAGAAGGGAGAGUGAAGCCCGAAAUAAAUCAGCAUUCAAUGGACCUUUUGAUGACCGUUAUUGUGAAAGAAAUUGGUCGUCUGGAAUAUGUGCAUGCGGUAAAGAUGAAAAGAGAAGCGGUUGUUGUUAUUUCUGUUGCUGGCCUUAUUUUAAAUACAUGAUUGCAACCAGAUUAGGAGAGACGCCAUUUAUGGCUUUAAUUCCAUGUGCAGCAUUUGCGUUGAGAAUUAAAGUUAGGACUUUAUUUGGAAUCAAGGGUUCUCUUGUAAGUGAUUUUUGGACUACGUGUUGUUGUGAACCAUGCGCAGUGUGUCAGAUGACGAAGGAACUUGAUAGUAUUGGCAUGUAAAAUGUCUCUGUCGACAGAAAAUGAGGAUUUUGUCUCUAUCUAUGAUUAGUGUCUAAUAGUUUAAGGGUUUCUAUGGUUAGUGCAUAAUAUUUCAAUGGUUUCUAUGAAGAAUAUCCAUUGUUUCAAGGGUAUUUAUAAUGAAAGAAUGCUAUUUCAAAGGAGUAAUCAAGUGUUCAAAGUCUGAUAUUGUAAACUAUGUUGAGACUUCUGCAAUUCUCGAAUAGCCAAUUUAAGUUUUUUAUUCAGAUAUUCUUGGAUACACACGAGGCAAAUAUAUCAAAUCAUUUAAAUAGAGCGUGGAUGAUGAAGUCCAGGUUUUCCGUGAUACAAAUUAUGUAUACAACCGUUUAAAGACAGAAUCAUU